CACACACACACGCUGCACAGGAAAGCGUGAGCCAUAAUGCGACGGCACCUCGGAGCAGACGGCCGCCUUUGCUCAAACCAAGAGGGGAUCCGGCUGCGGCUUUGAUAGCGCGUUAAUUACUCAUGUGAUGUGAUACAGAUGUCUGGGGGCUUCAGCUGAAAGUUCGCCUGACGCUUUCCGAAGGGGCGCCACACGAUUUUAGAAGAAGCGUGAUAACCGAGGAGCGGAAUCAAAGCGCAGACGGCGUUCCAUAAUGGGCGACGCGGCCUUGCGCGCGUUCCUGCUAAUGGCCUGCGUGGCGGCCAGAGGAAUGUGCCAGAUAAACAGCGCCGGAGCCGAGGAGGAGCUCGCCGGACCGGGAUAUCUCCAGCGCUACACCACUCUCCGGCCCGCCGCCGCCACCGUUUCGGGCAAUGCCUCGGUGGAGAGGCGGCCCUUCCCGCCGCCCAUGUGCUCGGUGAGCACCUCCGUUAACGGCUACUUCAAAUACAUCAACACGCUGAUUUCCGUGGUGGUGUUUGUGGUGGGAUUGGUGGGCAACGCAACCUUGCUGAGGAUCAUAUACCAGCACAAGUGCAUGAGGAACGGGCCCAACGCGCUCAUCGCCAGCCUGGCCUUGGGGGACCUCAUCUACAUCGUCAUCGAUAUUCCCAUCAACGUGUACAAGCUAUUGGCGUCUCGGUGGCCAUUUUAUGACAACGACUUUGGCCUAUUUCUCUGUAAACUGGUUCCCUUCCUCCAGAAAGCCUCAGUGGGCAUCACCGUACUCAACCUGUGUGCCCUCAGCGUUGACAGGUACAGAGCGGUAGCCUCAUGGAGUCGAGUCCAGGGCGUCGGCAUCCCGCUUUUCACCGUCAUGGAGAUCCUUUCCAUCUGGGUCCUGUCGAUGGUUCUCGCCAUCCCUGAGGCGAUUGGCUUUGACAUGGUCAGCUUCAACUACCGCAACGAAAGCCUCCGCACCUGCAUGCUGCUUCCCAAGUCAGACUUCAUGGUGUUCUACAAAGACGCCAAGGACUGGUGGCUGUUCGGUUUCUACUUCUGUGUUCCGCUGACGUGCACCGCCAUCUUUUACACCCUGAUGACCUGCGAAAUGCUCAACAACAGGAACGGCAGCCUGAGGAUCGCUCUGAGCGAACAUCUCAAACAGAGAAGAGAAGUAGCCAAAGCAGUCUUCUGCCUGGUCCUUAUAUUCGCCCUCUGCUGGUUCCCGCUUCACCUCAGCAGGAUUCUGAAGAAGAUGGUUUACUACCAGAAUGACGAGACACGCUGCGAGCUGUUCAACUUCCUUUUGGUGAUGGACUACUUGAGCAUCAACUUGGCAACAAUCAACUCCUGCAUCAACCCUAUCAUCCUCUACUUUGUCAGCAAAAAGUUCAAAAAUUGUUUUAAGUCGUGUUUGUGCUGCUGGUGCUACUCCGAGAGUCAGCUGAGCAGCACGGGUGCCAUGAACGGCACCAGCGUCCAGUGUAAAAGCCCCGAGCCCAACAACGUGCACGCCGACCGCAGCCUGCGCAAAGACAGCGACUGAACUCUCGGCGCUAUCGCUCACUAUUCCAAACAGUUAUCCUUCCAAAAAUUAUACACAAUAUUAUGACACUAUUUCUAAAAUAUGCUAAGACUCCUAAUAGCCACUUGCAUGAAAAGGACAAAUUGCCCGAAGGAUUUCUGAACUGUGAAUAAGCGUCACGAUUCUCGUGGGAAAAAAAAGGGCAGGACGGCUCGACCCGACGGAAAGGCUGUCAAAGGAAAUGACGCCAAAUGAGUGCUCGCGUCCAACGUGGGAGUCGUGGAAACAGGAAAGCGUGUUAGCGACGACUGGUUUUCCGCUAACACGCUUGUAGAUGUACUCGUUAUUCAUUAAUCGUCACCUUUCGAGCUUCGAGUUGCCUGACGUCGUGAAUAUUUCACAACUGGUUGCAAGCUGCACAUAGGAAAGACUUGUCGUGAAUCAUUCAUUUUGAUUUGGUGUGAUUAUUAUUUUUUAAUUUUUGUAUAAUUGUUAAAAUAUCUUCCUCUGCAUGCAAUGUUUUCGGUUCCGUCUGUGUUCAAGAAAACUUAAAAAUGAAUAAAGGGAUUGUUAUCAAACUCGCGGGAUAUGUUUGUGAUAAGAAAACAAAGAGGUCUGUAUAUUUUGGGGUUGUGAGGUCAAAGGUCACAAGAGAAAUUUGGCGGCAAUUCAAAAGUGAAUAACAGGAUUAUUAUGAAACUUGCAGGAUGCGUUUGUGAUAAAACAUUUUUGGGGUUGUGAGGUCAAAGGUCACAACAGAAAUUUGGAUGUAACUGAAAAAUGAAUAAAAUGAUUAUUAUCAAACUUGUGAUGUACGUUUCCGAUAAGAAAACAAGGAGGUUGGUAUAUUUUGAGGUCGUGAGUUCAAAUGUCACAAGAGAAAUUUACAUAUAACUCAUGAAUAAAAAGGAUUGUCAUGAAAUUUGUUGGAUAUGUUUAUGAUACGAAAACAAAGAGGUUGGUAUGUUGUUGGGGUCAAAGGUCACAUGAGAAAUUUGGAUACAACUCAAGAAUGAAUUAAGGGAUGAUCACAAAUAUAUCCCGCAAGUUUGAUAAUAAGACAAAUGGUUGUUAUAUUUUGGGGUCAUUAGGUCAAAGUUUGCAAAGAUCACAAGAGAAAUUUAGAUAGAAUUAAAAAAUGAAAAAAAAGUAUUAUCAAACAUGUUUGUGUUAAAAAAAAAAUUGGAGUCAUGAGGUCAAACAGGUCACAAAUUUAGAUACAAGUCAACAAUGAAUAAAGGGAUUAUCACAAACAACCUUCAAGUUUGAUAAGACAAUAGGUUUUCUAUAUUUUGGGGUCAUGAGGUCAAAGAUCACAAGACAAGUUUAUAUAUAACUCAAUAUUGAAUAAAAAGGAUUACAAUCAAACUUUUGAGAAAUGUUUGUGAUAAGAAAACAAAGAGGUCACUAUAUUUUAGGGUCGUGAGGUCAAAGGUCACAAAAGAAAUUUAUAUACGACUCAAAAAUGAGUAAAGUGAUUAUCACAAACACAUUCCGCAAGUUUGAUAAAAAGACAAGAUUAGGUUGUUAUAUUUUGGGGUCUUGAGGUCAAAGGUCACAACAGACAUUUGGAUGUAACUGAAAAAUAAAUAAAAUGAUUAUUAUCACACCUGAGGGAUAUGUUUGUGAUAUGAAAUUAAAGCGGUUGGUAUAAUUCGGGGUCGUGAGGUCAAAGGUCACAAGCGACAUUUAGAUAUAAAUUAAUAUUCAAUAAAAAAGGAUUACUAUCAAACUUGCAGGAUAUGUUUGUGAUAAGAAAUUAAAGGAUUACAUUUUGCAAUCAUUAGCUAAAUUUUUUUUUGUGAUAACUUAUUUCAUACUUAAAGGGAGUGCCCACUAGAAAAUAUGGUAAAAACCAUAUAACUUUGCUAUCGGAUUAAGAUAUGACAUUCAAAAUCACAUGAAAACAUGUGAUGUGACAGAAUACUUUCUAUUUUAGAUUUUUUUUUU